AUGACUGACACGUGUCAGAACCUCAUGAAGUUGCCGUAUCGGCCGUCCAAUCCAGAAUGGGGUCGGUUCACCCCGCACGGCGUGAACACCUUCGUCUUCAUCUCCGCCCACCGCGUCAGCCCUCUCGAUUUCGCAGUCAUAGGCCUUUCCGCCCGCGGGAUGCGCUCCCAGUGGCACUCACCCCAAUCCAACGGCCCACGUUCGUCCUCGGAGCAGGGAGGGGAGGAGGAUGUGGGCGGAGGGUGCGUGUGGGUGUCGUAUGAGGGGCCGCACACCAUCAAGGGCAGCUUGGAGUAUCUGUUUCCGGGCGACCAUGGGGGCAUGCCCUAUGAGACCAUCGUCAUUCGCUGCAAUCUAGACAAGCGCACCCCAGCCGACCCUGGUGGUGCUCUGUUCUACCACAUCUCAGGGAGGGAUAUGCUCGUGUACCGGGAGGACGACCUCAGACCCGCUCCCUCUGCUUCUACUGCCGCUGCUGCUGCUGCUGUGGGGGAGGCGGAGGAGGAGAGGGCUGCUGCUGCUAAGCGGAUUCUCAACCCGCCGCGGCCGCUGCCACACCACAUCUCCUUCUGCUCGCUGCUCAUUGACCGCGAGCACACCCCAGCGCGAGUCCUCGAGCACAUGCAGUACCUGCUGUUCUUUGGAGCUGAUGACUUUAUUUUCUAUGACGGUGGGGGGUUCUCGGAUCGCCUACGGGAUGCUGUGUCGAGGUUUACAGAAGCAGACAUGCUGCAGGUGGUGGACUUGCGAGGACUUGCUGAUUUGCCAGCCCGUCACAACGUCAUCACAAUGAACGACUGUCUCUACCGCACGCGCUUCACCUCCGAGUGGGUCAUCUCACUCGCAUUUGACGAGCUGCCUCACGUCGUCGGCCCCUUUCGCCUCUCCACGCUGCUUGCUUAUCAUGCCGGCCGUCCCUGGCUCUCCAUGGGGUCGUAUUCCUGGCACAUUGAGCUGUGCCUGCCCAUCACAGCACCCGACCACUGGCUACAGCAGCGCAUGGUGUUCCGAUCCGUCCACCCCACAUGCCGUCCCAACAGCGCCGCCAUUACCCCUACCAUCACCCCCACAAUCAUCACCACACCUCCUCCUCCCCCUCCUCCACCUCUUGAUUUGAAUGGAACCUCUGCCAACACCACUGGCAACGCCACCAACAGCCAGCUAGCAGACGCAGCAGCAGCAGCAGCAGCAGCAGCAGGUGGUGCAAAUGCGAGUGUGACUGUAACGGAGGGGCCAUCCGAGCCGCUGUUUUCGGGAGAUCCCAACAUGUGCCUGGGAGAGGCGGGCAUGCGGCGAGUUAUGUUCGACCCUCGCCAGGUGCAAGCCAUGGCAGAGAAUUACUCUGCCAUUCCGUUUCUCUCAUCCUUCUCUUCCUGCCGCUUCUGGUCCACCCUCUCAGGGAUUGCUAGAGCCAGCAGCGCUGAUCUGCGAGUAUCACCUAAUGAAGGGGUCAGAGCCACGCAGCUACAAGCGGAAGAUGCACGUAGCCAAGCUAAUUCGACAGGGCAGACAAGCGGGCUUGAUUUCUCUGCCGGUUAA